AUGAAACUUGGAACUUGUACUGAGUGGCUCUUCUUCCAUCUUUGGAAAAAGAACCCAAAUUCUGGUCACAGUUGUAACGGAGUCUUUCUAGCAGACACUGUCAUAUACAGAUGGGCACAACCUUACUUUAGGUAUUUUACUGCUUAGAAUGGUCAAAUCAUAAGGAAAACAAAGGAAAGAGUGUUUAUUGAACAAGUUGAGUAAGCAUUUUUAUAAGAUAAUACCGUUGCUGUUCUAUUAACUAGUCAAGCUCAAUCAAAAUAAUAAGAAAUAAUCAACUUCGAAUAUUUUGACAAAGAGAACUUUGAGGGAAAAGGAACUAAAUUCAAUCCUUCAGAAGUAGAAAUUUCAGCUGAUAUUUUUAGAUUUAUAUAUCCAAAGAGUGAUCACAAUUCAAUGAUUAAGGUAACAUGGUCUCCUCAAUUCUGCUUAAUUAAUAGGAAAACAAACAUCAACAACAUGAAUGAUUUAAAAAAACCAUUGUAUGAAAGAGUUAGUACUUUUGAUGGUCCUGAAUACUUAUCUGUUUCAGAUUCUAUAAGUUCACCAUUAUUAAGUUCUGACUUAGAAUAAUUAUGUGUGAAUAUUGUCAAGCAUGUACAAGAAGUCUCAGGAGGAAACAUAUAAAUUAUUAGAAUGGUGUUAUACUUCAAAGUAGAUCAAGAGAAUAGAAUUUGGUUGAUGUUUUGCACUGGCAUCAAAGUUAAAGAUAAGUUUUCAACACAUCCAGACAAACAUAGAACAGACUCUCCUCUUUUUAAAAUAAUAAGGAGAGAUCUUGAACCUGUCAUUACAGGAACAGAGAAUGUUUAAAAAGUCGUUAAAUACAAUAGUGAAGGACAAAUUGAAGAAUUAUUGUAUUAAUUAGAAAGCGUUUGUUCAAAUUGUGAUUUAUUUUCAUAAGAACUCUACUAAUUAUAAUUCGAAUAGAUAAUUGAAAGUUUUGAAAGAUCAUUAGUAAGCAAUGAAUUCACAAGACUACCGGAAGAUUUGUAAAAGAUUAAAUUGAAAAAUGAUAAAAAAAGCGAAUUACUCAAGUUAAACUAACAUAUUAAGACUAGAUCAAAAUAAUUUAUCCAUAAAGGUAUUUCAGAUAUAAAAGUAUAAUUAGAUUAUUAAUUGUCCAAUUAUUUUGAAUAACAAUCGAAUUAAUAAAUUUCUGGUACUUAAAGUCAAUAGGAAAUAUUGGUUGAGAAAUAUAAACUUGUAAAUAAUUAGAAGACUUCUGAUUAAGUUCAUGCUGAAAUUUAAGAGUUGUGUCGAUAUUUAGAUGAAGAAUAAGAAGAUUGCAAAUUGAAUUUUAAAAGUGUCCCCGCUUUGAUUCUGAAAGUAUGGGGAAAGCUAUCUGAAGAUAAAUACAAACAAUUAAAAUUUAAUCCCAGUUGGAGGCAACUCAAAACUUAAGUUUGUUUGGAUUGCUAUCUCAAGUAUACUGAGUGUUGCAAUCUUACUCAAUUUGAAAGAAAAGUUAAGACAGCUGCUCAAAAUUUAAAAAAAAAAGUAGAAGAUCAAUAAGCCAAUAAUAUUCUGUUGUAAAAUACCUUGCUUGAUAUCAAUAAAAGCAAUUUUACAUAAAACUUUCAUUCAUCCUUGCCUCCAGUAAUGGAAUAAAGAACAAUCACAGUUGGUGGCAAAGCCAGUGUUGCAAAAACUGCCAACACCUAGUAAAGAUCAACUGCAUUAAAUACGCCACCUUAGCCACAUCAGACUACCUUAGAAGCCAUGCCCUAGUUCUUUAAUAAAUUUAUGAAAAAGGAAGCCAAACCAAAAAAGGCUCCAACCACUCAAAAGAUUUAUCAAAAUCGAUAAGGAUUGCAUAUGUCUUUGAACCAUUCAACUUAAUCAAGAUCCUCUCGUUCUACCUAGGAUUAAUCAAAAAUAUCAUUUGAUUAUAUGAUAAGUACUGUUUCCUAGCUGAAAAAGAAACUGUAAGAAUUGGAAGACGAAGAAUAAUCUUAAAAAAACUAGCAAAAUUAAAAGCCAUAAACUUUAUAGAAUUAAUCAGAACUAAACUCCUUAUUACAAAGUAGCAAAUUACUUCAGACUAAAUCCCAACCGCAUCAAUGA